AUGUCCGAUCAGAGCGAGUACCCCUCCGAGUCCAUGCCCGGCCAAGAUAACGGUCUCCGGCCACUCUCCAAUGCCGAAGAUCUGUCUCUCGGCAACAACAGCGAUUUGGCUCGUAUCAUGAACCGUGCGGGUAUCGCACUUCCCAACGGCUUCCCGCUGGACGACGAUGACGAUGACGAUGAAGAAUUGGAGCAAGAAUACGUAUCCGUCGAUCAGGACGAGCACGAUUACCCAUACUGGUUCCGCCGCCCUCACACCCACAACCGCACAAAAUUGGAUGAGCUGCAUCCCUUUGUUCAAUUGCUGUCUGCUUCCAAUGUCGAUGACUGCGUGAAGGUGGAAAACGCUUUCCCAGAGCCGGAACGUUGCUCUUAUGAUAAGUUCGUCUACCGUCUGACCAGAUGUCCCGAGCUGAGCCUCGGUCUCUUUACUCUUCCCCUACUCGCAGAGGGAGAGACCAAGCCCCGCCCAAUCCUUGUCGGACAUAUCAUUGCUACUCGCACCUCAGAGCCGUCUGUGACUGAUCGCUCCAUGCGACUUCCCGCAAACUGGGAGAGCGAGCGCUGGUCUUUCGAGGACGGACAGGCCGUUGGUCACGAAGAGGGAGGCAGCACCAUUGCCAUCCACUCUCUUGCUGUGGAGCCAGAGCACCAGGGCAAGCAAGUCGGAAGCACUCUGAUGAAGUCUUACAUUCACCGCAUUCGUGAGGCCCAGAUUGCCGACCGUAUUGCUAUCAUCGCACAUGAACACCUGGUUCCUUUCUAUGAAUCAUUCGGCUUCGAGUCUCGUGGACCUAGCAAGUGCCAGUUUGGCGGUGGUGGCUGGGUUGAUUUGAUCUUGGAGUUUGGUCCUGAGCCCGUGGAGGAUUAA